GCCCCAGUCUAGGGUUGGGGCGUAACAGUGAAAGGGAAAGUGGAGUAAAGAAAUAACCGGGUAUGGUGGACAAGGGACCACACGUGGACGAAGGGAUACAUGCAGUCAGCGAUGGACACUGUGAUCCGGUGCUGCCCCUCCCUGUCCCGGACGCCCCAGGGCCUGCUCCAGCAGGCAGGGAGGACCUUAGUGGUCUAUGCUCAGAGGUGUCCCAUGAUGGUAAAGCUGCCAUCCAGGGCUCCUGCUUGUGCUUUCACUUUCUCAACCACCAGCCUGCAGAAGAAAGAGGAGACUCCAUCCAACAGUUAUGGUCCAGAGCCCGUCAUAGAGCAGCUUGCUGGGCACCCUGCCACUCCUCUGGAUGAGACUAUGGCCUCCAAGUGCCCAUUUCUGGUGUCAGAGAUGGAGGAGAGGAAGAGCAGUGUGGUGAGGAAGGCCAGGAUUGAGCUUCAGGAAGACGUACAGGAGAUUCAAGCUGUUCGCACAGAACUGGCUGAAUCCUCUCUGAAUCCCAGUGUGGUCAACAUCACCAAGGAAGAUGGAGUGGUGCAACAGAGUCUUUUAAGAAAAUUGCUAAGGCAGCAUCCCCAAGGGCUGCCUCACCUAGUGCAGAACAACAUGCCCAAGACGCUCUGUAAUUUUUCUUAUGACAAAUUCUUUGAGAAGAAAAUUGAAGAUAAAAAGAAGGAUCACAGCUACCGGGUCUUUAAGACUGUGAACAGGAAAGCCGACCAUUUCCCCAUGGCGUAUGACUAUUCGGAUUCUCUCUCCCUGCCACGUGAGGUGUCUGUGUGGUGCAGCAAUGACUACCUGGGAAUGAGCCGACACCCACGGGUUGUCCGUUCUAUCAUGGAGGCUUUGCGGAAUCAUGGUGCCGGAGCCGGAGGCACCAGGAAUAUCUCUGGGACAAGUAAACUGCACGUGGAACUUGAACGCGAUUUGGCAGACCUGCAUGGCAAAGAUGCUGCACUGGUCUUCUCAUCCUGCUUUGUGGCUAAUGAUUCCACUCUGUUCACUCUAGCGAGAUUGCUGCCAGGGUGUGAGAUCUACUCCGAUGCUGGCAAUCAUGCUUCUAUGAUCCAGGGAAUCAGGAAUAGUCGAGUAUGCAAGUUCAUCUUCCGUCAUAAUGAUGUUGCUCACUUGCGUGAGCUCCUGGAGAAAUCCAACCCAUCCACCCCAAAGAUUGUCGCUUUUGAGACAGUACAUUCAAUGGAUGGGAGUGUGUGUCCGCUUGAGGAUAUAUGUGAUCUUGCCCAUGAGUUUGGCGCCAUGACUUUCGUCGAUGAAGUUCAUGCUGUUGGCCUGUACGGAGGGCGAGGAGGUGGAAUUGGAGACCGAGAUAAGAUCAUGCACAAAAUGGAUAUAAUUUCUGGGACACUUGGGAAAGCCUUUGGUUGUGUGGGUGGUUACAUCGCCAGCACUCGUGCACUGGUGGACACGGUGCGGUCCUACGCCCCAGGCUUCAUCUUCACCACCUCAUUGCCACCGAUGCUGCUGGCCGGUGCAAGGGAAUCCAUACAGACCCUGAUGGGCGACGAGGGCCGUGUGCUCAGGCUGCGGCACCAGCGUAACGUCAAGCUGAUUCGCCAGAUGCUCAUGGAUGCAGGCCUGCCUGUGAUCCAGAGUCCCAGUCACAUUAUACCUAUAAGGGUUUCAGAUGCACCGAAGAACACUGAGAUCUGUGACAUCAUGAUGAGCCGAUACAAUAUCUAUGUCCAAGCAAUCAAUUACCCAACAGUGUCCCGGGGGGAGGAGCUUCUCCGCAUUGCCCCCACCCCCCACCACACUCCUCAGAUGAUGGAAUUUUUUGUUGAGAAACUGGUGAGCACCUGGAAGGAGGUUGGCCUCCAGCUGAAGACACGGUCGUCCGCAGCGUGUAAACUCUGCCAGCAACCACUGCACCUGGAGGAGAUGACCGAGAAAGAGAAGUCCUACUUUAGUGGACACACCCUCCUCAUCUCAGCCAUGGGCUGAUUAUUGACCUCAACAACCUCAUAAUAUGAUUAUUCAAAGGUCUAAUUAACAUCAAAUAUGUAUCUUUGUAUGGUGAGUGCUGGUCAGUUAAGAUUAAUUAUUAAAGUUAUUGGCAUACCUUGUGCUACAGUGCUAGCAUGUGUUAACAUGGUAAUUUAGAAUUAGAAUUGGAAUUAAAAGCCUUUAAAUGUCACUAUACCAUAUAUAAUGAAAUUGCAGAGCAGCUACUCCUUCAGAUACAACGAAAAACAAACAUUCAAUCAUUUACACAGUAACUACAGAGGGUAAUACAAAUAAAUACUACUGAAUAAAAAGUAUAUAAAUAUGUGUACAUGAUAUGCGUAUUGCACAGUGAGCAAAUAUUGCACUUGUGAGGCAGAGAGAGAGAGACAGAGAGAGAGAUGGUCAGUUCAGGUUAAAGGUCACUGCUGUUAUGACUCUGAGAAUUAAGCUGUCCCUGAGUCUGUAUGUCCUUGGUUUGAUGGGGCUGAAGCGCCUAUUAGAGUGUAACAGGUCAAACAGGUGAAAACCAGGAUGUAAGGGGUCCUUCAAAAUGUUUCUGGCCCUGCCAAAUUUACUUCGGGUAUUCAUGUAUUUACAUUGUCAGUAGAUGUUUUCUUAUGAACUGUGUGUGUUUUCCUUAGCAUCUGACCUCAAAUGCCAGUUCUUUAACUGCUGGCUUCCCUGUGUGUUCCGCUGCUUGUUUAACGGUGGCAGUGAUAGGCUAAAUAAACGUCAGGACUUGCAUUUCAAUGAGCUGUCA